CAUGAGGUAAACAUUCGAUAGAAUAGAAAUGGAUCUGCGCCGGGACCUUCUGGAGGCGGAGUCUAGAGCGGAUCAGGACGAGGCGGAGUGUCAGGCGCACUUGCUGCUCGUCCGGGAACUGGACCACGGCAUCGGCGUCCCUGUGGGCGUGGCGGCGGAUCGUCUGCAGCAGCUGGUCGCUGGCGUGCGAGCGAGAGGGCACCAUGACUUGUUGCGUCUUUGGCAGCUGUGGCUCAACGAGCUUAUCUUGGCCAGGAGGAUAAUUCUGGUGAGGUCCCACCUGCUAGUCGAAGAGCUAAUGGCAGAAACGGAGUCGAGGCCGUCCGCCUCAGCUGCCAGCUUGAUGCUGACCAUGCUAAAAGCGACGCCGAAGGAGAAACUGGCUGCGUUCUGGCCAAGAUUGAGCGCACUAACGCAAGCCAAAGAUAUGGACGCCGCCCUGUUGCUGCUGCAGUGCCAGGAACUUGUGCUGGCCGAGCUGGAGGAAUCGCCGGAGGUGGGCGUGCACAGCCAGGGUCUGGUCAACUCGCUCAUCAACAUGCACUUGGAGGGCUGCUGGCUGGUCGCCAAGGAGCAGUUGCCCCUGCUGCUGGCGCAGAGUCUGCAGUUGACUCAGAAGCUGGUGACCAGGCAGCCCGACUAUGCGGCGCAGAGAGUCCCCGAACUAAUGGGGCUAGUCCAGUGCUACCUGCAGUAUGGAGCUGACGGAGAAACCCAACUAAAGCCCAGGAAGUUGCCGCCCGCACAGCAGUCGGCUGCCUAUGGUCAGGAGAAGGAAGAGGAAGACCAGCUGCCCGCCCAGAUGGCCCGCUCUUGCGGCCGCAAGAACAAAGUGCGCAAGAUGCGAUCGCUCGCCAAACAGCGGAGCCAGGCGGUCAGUGAACACCAAGAGGGCAAUCCGCGAGAGCGUAUGUUGCUGAUGGGUAAUCAGGACUACGGCUGCCUAACUGGAGACUCGGCUGAGAACGGCCUGGCCUCCGAUUCGGAUCAGCACACAGAGAACAAGCACCAUCGACAGCAAGCGGUCAAGGUGCGGAUCUCCGCUCUACAUUUGCUCAGCGCCCUGACCAAUCAACUGCCCCGCCGCUCGUUGUACGGCUACUGGCACGUGCUGUUCCCCGACGGAGAUGCGGGCGGUAGCCGCCACCUACUGCUCCUUGGCCUGAAGGACACCAAUUCCCGCUGUCGAGCCCUGGCCUUGCAGGUGGGAGCGCAGCUGUUGUACGGAUCGAAGUCAUUCCUCAGCCAGGCAUGCUCCCGCGGCCCCAGCAACUUUACGCCAUUUGCCGUCAGCCUGGCCAGCUCUGUAUUGACCGCUUAUCGCACCUUGAGCGCCAUCCUCGAGCGGGAGUAUACGCCGCCGGUGCUGACCCAGUGCCUCAAGUGCUUGGCCGUUUUGGUGCAGGCCACGCCCUUUGACCAGCUGGAAAUGGGCUUUGUUUACGAGUUUGUGGGUCACGUGAAAAAACUGACCAAGAGUGCGGACCCUCCGGUCGCCGUGUCCGCAUUGCUGGUCAUGGAAAUGCUGGUGGGCACAUCCAAGCUUACGCCGGAGAUUGCCAGCUCCGUAGGACUGGCUCCUAGUCAGAGAAACCUUCAAAUGGAACAGGCGAGCACGGUAGAAGAAACCCACCAGGAGCUGUGCGACUCCGAUGCGGAGCUGGAACUCGAGGAGGAGGAGGAGGAGCAGCAGCCAGCGCAGAAAAAUGUGGUGAAUCCCACCCACACAGUGUCCCCAUCCAUUCCGCGCAAUUCAUGGUUGCUGCGGCAGGUGCUCCGCUUUCUGGAGGGCAUGGGAACGCCAUCCACCGUGCGCUUGGAGUGCUUCCAGGUGCUCCAGGCCAUGGCCACACACAUAGGCCUGCUGCGAGGACAUCAGGUGCGUUUGUCAAAGGUGAUAUCCGCCGGACUGAGGGAUCCCGCUAUUGAUGUGAAGCUGUACGCCGCACGCUGCUUGGACUCCGUUGGCUACCAACUGGGCAGGCUGUUGCCGGAACCGGCAGAACGGGAGCUGCAGAUGUCCUUUUGGCUCUUACUGCUGCCGGCCACCUAUGAAGCCUACGAUUCCGCCGGGUUCUCCUUGAAGUGCGCGCUGUGCGACGCCCUGUCCAACAUGGGAGCCUUUAGCUUCGAGAGACUCCCGGAUGGCCAGAGGACCGCCCUGUUGGCCUUCCUAAGCGGUUGCGCCAGCGACGAUCAUGAGGAGCCACUGGUCAGGGGAGCCGCUUUGCGGGCUAUGGCCGUCUACGUGCUGCAUCCCUCGCUGAGGACGGAUCUGGGAUUUGUGGAGAACGCAGCCGAGCUGACCUUGCGCAUUAUCGGUGAUUCCCAGCUGGUGGUGAGGAUUAAGGCCGCCUGGGCCCUGGGGAACAUCAGUGACGCCCUGGUGGCCGGCAUUCCCAACCAGACCGAACGCAUUUCCGCCGAACUUUUGGAACGCCUCAUCCAGGCGGCCACGAAGAGCUGUGCCGACAACGACAAGGUCAGGGCCAAUGCGGUACGUGCCCUGGGGAAUCUCUUGCAGAUCCUGCAGGCUCAGCCCCUGGGAAACGGUGAACAGAUGCAAGUGGCCAUGUCUAAGCUGCUGGACUGCGUCAAAUCCUCGGGCAACGCAAAAGUAAAGUGGAAUGCGUGCUACGCCAUCGGAAACCUGGUGAAGCACAGGGCCUUCUUCACCAACAACCACCUGGCCGGCAUCCUAUUCCCCACCCUGUGCCAGUUGGUGGUGCAGCACGCCAACUUCAAAGUGCGCACCAAUGCAGCCGGAGUUCUGCUGCAGGUCGAGCAGCGUCAGGACUUCAGCACCCACUUUCCGCAGGUAUGGCGUUCCCUCCUGGACGCUCUGGUGCGCUCCAAUGCGCUGGAAAGCUUCGAGGAGUACAACCACCGGGAUGCACUCCAGCAACAGUUGUGCCUUGCCAUUGCCCACCUGCUGACGCUGGCCAGGAGCUCGGAUCUGCCGAUGAUGCGAGAGUACCUGGAGGAAGAUCGCCUGGAGGAGGUGCGCGCCACGUGGCGGCGCGUCGCAUUCCGCAUUGUUCCCGAGCAGUCGGCUUCACUCUUCACCUGCAGUCCACUGCUGGAGCAGCGUCUGCAGGCGGAGGUCAGCAACCAGCAGCGCUGCGCCUUGGCGUUCAUCACGAGCACACUUCGGCUGGACCCGUAGGAGCCUCCUGCUUUCACCUACCACCCCAGGAGUCCCACAAAUAAAUCCUCUCCUAGCGCAA